AGCUAUCACCAUAAAAACAACUUUACGCAAUUAUGAAACACCAGAAUGAAAUUGAGGUCAUCUUAACAUAAAAUGAUAUGAUGCUCAAACAAAUAAAAGACAAUAAUUAAUAAUAUAACAUAAUCUUACAAAACCAUAGCAUUUCAACAGUCCUGCGUUAGACAUUUUAUAAUUACAGAUUACAUUUGACAUCCUUUCCAGUGUUCUCAGCUGUGAGAGAGGCACUUCAACCACUGCAACCCGCUUAUUCACAUGAGCAGAAAAAGACAAAUUCAUAUCAAAGUUUUCUUAUCUAUGGCCGAGUUAAAAGACAAACUAGCGCAUGAGCAAAAACUAACAUUGAUGUUACCGUAGUCGGAGUAAUACGAAAACGUAAUUAGUAUUCGUCAACGAUCAACAUAACUGGCAUCCCUUAUGAGCAAGCUCGUGCCGUGAGUCUCAAUACUCAGUACUGGGGGGCGUGGGCGUGAAUUUUUUACAGCGUAUCAACCUUGAUGCUCUCCCGGUGUGACAUAUGAUUCGGGUUGAGAGGCACCACAGCAGCAGAUGCAGAGCAGCAGCUAAGCGGGCUCUCUCUCUCUCUCUCUCUCUCUCGCUCUCUCUGUCUCUCUCUCUCACUUCGUCGCGCUCCACGGCACCUUAUACGGCUCGGCGGGACACGGCAGCCCUCCUCCCGCGCUCCCGCGAUGCCCCGUUGCUGAUCCGACGCGCACCCUCGGCCCCUCGGUCCCACUUCGCGAUGGGCAGCUCCGGCGGCAACGACAGCGUCCCCCUGAACGCCUCGGACCCGUUCGCGCGUAACGAGGAGGUGGCCCAGAUGGAGAUCCUGGUGCUGAGCGUCACCUUCGUGGUGGCCGUCGUGGGCAACGUGAGCGUCCUGCUGGCCAUGCACAACACCAAGAGGAAGAUGUCGCGCAUGCACCUUUUCAUCCGCCACCUGAGCUUGGCCGACCUGGUGGUGGCCUUCUUCCAGGUGCUGCCUCAGCUUUGCUGGGACAUCACGUUCCGCUUCUACGGGCCGGACUUCCUGUGCCGGAUCGUCAAGCACCUGCAGGUGACCGGCAUGUUCGCGUCCACCUACAUGAUGGUGAUGAUGACCGUGGACCGCUACAUCGCCAUCUGCCACCCGCUCAAGACGCUGCAGCAGCCCACGCGGCGCUCGUGCGUGAUGAUCGUGUCGACGUGGACGUUCAGCCUGGUGCUGAGCGUGCCGCAGGUGUUCAUCUUCUCCCUGAGCGAGAUCCAAAACGGCACCGGCGUCGAGGACUGCUGGGCGCACUUCAUCGAGCCGUGGGGCGCGCGCGCCUACAUCACCUGGAUCACCGUGGGCAUCUUCCUGGUGCCCGUGGUCAUCCUGGUGGUGUGCUACGGCUUCAUCUGCCACAGCAUCUGGAGGAACAUCAAGUACAAGAAGAGGAAGAGCGCGGGACACAAGGACGGGCUCAUCGGCAAGAACUCGGUGAGCAGCAUCACCACCAUUUCCAGGGCCAAGCUGAGGACCGUCAAGAUGACGUUCGUCAUCGUGCUGGCCUACGUCGUGUGCUGGGCGCCCUUCUUCAUCGUGCAGAUGUGGUCUGUGUGGGAUGACAAGCUCCACUUCACCGAUUCCGAGAACAUGGCGGUGACGCUGACGGCGCUGCUGGCCAGCCUGAACAGCUGCUGCAACCCCUGGAUCUACAUGAUCUUCAGCGGCCACCUCCUGCAAGACUUUGUGCACUGCCUGCCCUGCUGCCAGCGAAUGAACGCCGACUUCCGCAAAGAGGACUCGGACAGCAGCCUGCGCAGGACCACGCUGCUCACCAAAACCACCAAUCGCAGCCCCACCGGCAGCUCCGGCAACUGUAGGGAGCUGGACAACUACCCGAAAUCCUCCCCUCAGGCCGAAUGAAUGCGCUGCCCGGCAACUGUUUACUGGCCUGUGGAAUGGAAAAUGGAAGGUACACAAACAUUGUUAGCACGUCCGACCUGCGGGAGUGGAAAUAAGAACUCUCUAAAAAUGAUUUUCCAGCUGGAUUGUGUGUGCUUACGUUUGUCUCAAAGGCUCACAGAAAUACUGGAGGCCAUUUGUGGCGGGGGGGGAACAGCACAAUCGGAAGACCAGUAACUAAUGAACCAUGGUGACGCAUUUGACAUUGUUUCGUUGAAUCUUGGUGUCUCACGAAAGUUCAAGGGUGAUUGUCAGAAAGCAGCGGCAUCCUCUCGGCAUUGUGCGAACGUUGCGAAAUAUCGGCAUUCUCAAUUACGCUGUUGUGCGUCAACGGAAACAAGUAUUUUUCUCAUUAGCGUGUGAAUGCCAGAUGUCGACCCCCACGGACAGAGUCUUGCCACAAAUAGCGAAAAUUGCAGAUAAUUGAACCUACAACCCACCCCCCCACCACACCCAAAAGGGGUUAGUAUAGAUGCCAGAAGAUACGGGCCACAGUACUUCAAGCCGAGAUGAUCAUAAAGCAUCAACACCUUCAUAUGAGGCCCACUAAUAUGAGUUAACAUACUAGCCCGAAUAUCUGAACAUAAAUUGACAUGUCAUCACACACGGGCAAACAAAUAAUGCACACGAGCACUUUACGCAAAAAGGAUGAUGACAUUCAACUCACCCUAUGGAAUUCACACACAAGGAUAAAUGUUGAAGGAUACAAGUGGAUUGAUAUGUUGAAGCUGCGAGACAAAUAGAGCCGCAGUGGUGUUGUUGUUUUUUUUUUUUUUAAACGUACAUUUUAUUCAUUCUUUCAAACUCCCAAACGAAAACAGACACGUCUCUCUUCGACAACGUGCCUUAUCUUCUGAAUUCGGCUCGAGAGGUGUUCAAUGACCGCCUCACAAAAAAAAAAAACGUAUAUUAAUGAUUCCUUCAAUGGCACCAAGAAAAUC